UACUCAUUGUGCUUACUUGAAUUUAAUCAAAAUGGUGUCAGACUUCAGAAAGAAGAAGCUCCUUCACGUCUUCAAUGCGUUCUUUGAUAUCAACGGUAGUGGCAAUAUCGAUAAGAAGGAUUUCGAUAUAGCAAUUGAGAAGAUUUCCACGCUUCGCGGCUGGAAGGCAGGCGAUGCCAAGUAUAAGGAGACUCAGGAAACUCUAUUAAAGAUCUGGGACGGUCUGCAGAGCCGUGCCGACGCUGACAACGACGGACAAGUCUCGUUCGACGAGUGGGUGUCCAUGUGGGAUGACUUCGCCAAAAAUCCCGCAUCCUCUCUUGAAUGGCAGAAUCUUUACGCCAAAUUCAUUUUCCAACUGGAAGAUGCUAGCAACGAUGGCUCCAUCGACAGUGAGGAGUUCUCUUCAGUUUACGUCUCCUUCGGUUUGAACAAGGCAGAGUCAGUGGAAGCCUUCAAGAAGAUGUCCAAGGGAAAAGCUAACGUAUCCUGGGAUGAGUUCCAGGGCUUGUGGAAGGAAUACUUUGCCUCCGAGGACCAGAACGCCGCUGGUAACUUUAUCUUCGGUAAAACUAGCUUCUGAACUGACAAUUUUAUUUAUUUGUGUGAAAAGUGGUGGAUUGUGAUCUGUUUGAUAUUUUGUAAGGAGCUGUACUAAGAACUUGACUGAUGUAAUUUUACUGUAUUAAAUAUUU